UCGAUUCAGUCUGCCCCUAGCCUGGCCUUUUGUCGGGACGCGUUUAUAUUUGGAGCGUUACACCUGAGCAAAUGCAGGUAGUUACAUCCUGCUGGCACCGUGACGACGUAUAGUGAUGAGAGAGAAGAGGGAGCGGUCGGGCCCGCUUCACUGGCUGAGACACCUGCUCGACGGGCUCCUGGUGCGAAUCCUCAAUCUCAGUCUCUUUCGGGCGAAAAGCAAACCGCCUCCGAACGACUGCAUAUCCGGAUUGGAACUAUCACCCGCCUCCAAAUAUGUACCCAUUCCGCGGGUUAAGGGACUUCCCAUAUUCGGAACGUUACUGGAUCUAAUAGCCGCCGGAGGAGCCACGCACCUUCAUAAGUACAUCGAUGCCAGGCACAAGCAGUAUGGGCCCAUAUUCAGAGAACGGUUGGGCGGUACUCAGGAUUCAGUGUUCGUAUCUUCCGCGAAUUUAAUGCGAGCAGUCUUUCAGCACGAGGGUCAGUAUCCGCAGCAUCCGCUGCCGGAUGCCUGGACGCUGUACAACCAGCAGCAUGCUUGCCAACGUGGACUGUUCUUCAUGGAGGGCACCGAGUGGCUGCAUAACCGUCGCAUACUUAAUCGCCUGCUGCUCAACGGAAAUUUGAAUUGGAUGGACAUUCAUAUUGAGAGCUGUACCAGGAGGAUGGUGGAGCAGUGGAGGCGUCACACAGCAGAGGUAGCGGCGAUUCAGCCAGCAGAGGGCGAUGAGAUUCAAAGCUACGAACUGCCCUUGCUGGAGCAGCAGCUCUACCGAUGGUCAAUAGAAGUACUUUGCUGCAUUAUGUUUGGCAACAGUGUCCUCACCUGCCCCAAGAUCCAAUCUGCUUUGGACUACUUCACCCAGAUAGUUCACAAGGUGUUCGAGCACAGCUCGCGGCUGAUGACAUUCCCGCCCCGAUUGGCCCAGACUCUGCGUCUGCCCGUUUGGCGGAAUUUCGAAGCCAACGUAGAUGAGGUGCUGCGUGAGGGUGCAGCCAUCAUCGAUCACUGCAUAGGACUGCAGGAGGAGCAACGACAAGCGCACGACGAUGUCCUUUACCAUCGUCUCCAGUCAGCGGAUGUACCAGCCGAGAUGAUUAAGCGAAUAUUUGUGGACUUGGUCAUUGCAGCAGGUGACACAACCGCCUUUAGCAGCCAGUGGGCCUUAUUUGCCCUUUCCCAGGAGCCCCGGCUCCAGAAACGCCUGGCCAAAGAGCGGGCUACCAACGAUUCUCGACUCCUGCAUGGCCUGAUAAAAGAGUCCCUGCGACUUUAUCCUGUAGCGCCUUUUAUAGGUCGCUAUCUACCCCAGGAUGCGAAAUUGGGCGGACAUUUUAUCGAAAAAGAUACCAUGGUCCUGCUAUCCCUGUACACUGCAGGACGUGAUCCAUCACACUUUACGCAGCCGGAACGAGUGGUGCCGGAGCGUUGGUGCAUUGGCCAGUCAGAGCAGGUGCAUCAGUCACACGGCAGUUUGCCCUUCGCCAUCGGACAGCGGUCCUGCAUCGGUCGCCGCGUGGCUCUUAAGCAGCUUCACUCCCUGCUAGGCCGAUGCGCCUCCCAGUUUGAGAUGAAAUGCCUCAACGAGAAGCCGGUCGAUAGCGUACUCCGCAUGGUCACAGUGCCCGAUCAGACUUUGCGAUUAGCUCUUCGGCCGCGAACCGAGUGA